GUUAAGAAUGCGUGUUUCCCUUAUUUUACCUCAGAACUAGGUUUUUGUCCAAUCUAGAGGAUCAGCUCAUUCAGUGCAACCAUGGCUAACCGUACGGAUCCGGCCGCCAAAAGCAUAAGGGGAACGAACCCUCAAAACCUUGUCGAGAAGAUUGUACGCUCGAAGAUUUACCAGAAUACCUACUGGAAGGAGCAGUGUUUCGGGCUGACGGCGGAGACGCUGGUUGACAAGGCAAUGGAGCUGGACCACAUCGGCGGAACUUACGGCGGUAAUCGAAAGCCCACUCCCUUCUUGUGCCUCGUCAUGAAAAUGCUCCAAAUCCAACCCGAAAAGGAUAUAGUAGUCGAAUUCAUCAAAAACGACGAUUAUAAGUAUGUAAGGGUUAUGGGAGCUUUUUAUUUGCGUCUUACGGGGAUUGAUUCUGACAUUUAUCGUUAUUUAGAGCCUUUGUACAACGAUUAUCGGAAAGUAAGGCGAAAAUCACCUGAUGGAAAUUUCAUCUUGACUCAUGUUGACGUGGUGAUUGAUGAACUUCUCACAACUGAUUACUCUUGUGAUAUUGCCAUACCGCGUAUUAAGAAAAGGUGGACCCUUGAAUCGCUUGGUGCACUGGAUGCACGAAAAAGUGUUCUGGAAGAUGAUUUUGAGGAAGAGGAGGAGAAGGAUGAGAACGAGCAAGAUGGUUUAGAAGAGGAGGCGGCUCAUGAAAAGCAGGAUUAUUACCGAGGGAGAAGCCCUGUAAGAGAUAGAGAAAGAGAUUAUAGACGGGACAGUCAUAGACACAGGGACCGGGAUUAUGACAGAGAUAGAGACUAUGAUAGAGAAAGGGGACGUGGCCGUGACAGGGACAGGGACAGGGACAGGGACAGGGAUCGUUAUCGCCUGAGGGAGGAAAAGGGGUAUGGCUAUGAGAGGGAUCGAGAUAGAGAGAGGGAAGGCAGGGAGCGUGAUAGGCGUGACAGGGAUCAUGGCAGACGAAGGAUUCGUAGUAGGAGUAGGGACCGGAAGAGACAUGCUCACAGCAGCAUGAGUCCUAGAAGGCAUGAAGCAGAGGAUGGCAAUCCUCCAGAAGAGUCAAAGAAGAAGAAGGGAAAGAAGGAAAAGAAGGACGAUGGAACGGACCACCCAGAUCCAGAGAUUGCGGAAGCCAACAGGAUUCGAGCAUCCCUUGGUUUGAAACCGUUGAAAUUGUAAGCUUGUUAGAUUUUAUAUCAUGUUGUAUGCACAUUGGUGUUAUUAUCUUGUUAUCCAGUACAGGGCUAUGUAGGAGUCAGAAUCAGAUGAGGUAACCAUCUCUUUGAUGUACUUCUUGCGUUUAGUACAUACAUCGCUUUCUUAUUUUGGUAUUUUAUUUAUUC